GGAUGGUGGAUGUUUUGAUUUUUAUUCUGUUUAUUUUGUAUUUUAAAGUUUAAUUUGAGUAGUUUUAACAUGAAUUUGAAGUGGAUCACUGUAAACGAAAGGCUAAAACAAGGUGUCACUUUAAUAAAUUCUAUUUCAACCAAAAAGUUUCAGUUGCUGUUAGCCCACAUAGCAAAUUCAAAAGGUGGCGAACUUUUCACUAACGAUGAAGUAGAGAAACUGAAAGUUUCAUUAAAAAUAAACAACGAAUCUGUGCAACUGUUAAUACAGUCUAUUCAUCAUAUUUGUAAGCAAUCGAACAAGGUUAUUUUGAAACCUACAGUGCUAUUUAAGCAACUAUGCGAGAAUCUCGGUUUGGACGAAGAAAAAGCCGAAGAGUUUGUUAAAGUAUGGUGUACUCAAACUAACGAGGAUAUUGGAGAUUUCAACAAUCGAUUAAAAUUGGAAAAUCUCACUUGGGAACUUAAUGUACAGACAGCAGAUCAAAUAAACGUUAAACAAAGUCUUCCUGUAGCCAGAAUUCAACUUAAUCUUGCAAAAUCCACCAAUACUGAUGUGAAGGAAAAUGUUAUUAUGGAAUUCGAUAACACAGAAUUGUUACAUCUGUAUAAUAAUUUAGAAAAAAUUCAGAUCAAAUUAGAUAACAUUAAUAAUGCUGAAAACUAAUUAAUCAUAAGAAUGGUAAGAAUGUUUGUAUUUGAUUAUUUUAUAUUUUAAUUAUGAAUGAUCGUAAGAUACUCUUUGAUUAAAUUGUUGCAAUAUAAAUAUGUUUUCCUGGAAUAAAUUGCCAAUUGGCAAAACAUCUAAUUGAAAAUUAAAACAAUUUACUCAUACAAUUAAACAGUUAAUGAUUAUUCAUACAACUCGAAAUCUAUCCUAUUUGAGGAAUAAAAAUUGGUAUCUCCGCAUUUUCUAACCAUAACACCCGUUUUAAAAUGCUUUUCCUGCGACCAUUUAACCAUUUGUGCUGUAGUAUGUGGCCCCUCUAUCUUUUCAUCUUCUAUUUUCCAUUUAAAUUCCCACAUAAGUUCCGGUUUUUUAUCAACUAAAACAUCAUCUGAAGUCGAUUUACUUGGCAAAUCUGUAUCUUUCAUAAGUUUCUCUUUUUCAUCAAAAUCAUCAGCGUACAUAUCGAGCUCGGCUUCUUUAGCCUUUGAUUUAUUUUUGUUAUCAUUCGCAUCAACUUUUGAUUUGAUUUUCUCGUAUGUUUCUUGGUAUACAUCCAUGUUGCCCAGUUUUGUUAGAAUCUGAUUAGCUAAUUCUGUGAGAUUAGUGACAUCUUUGGAAUCGGUUAAAGUACCGGCUUUUUUCCUUCGUAAUCGUUCCACACUCGAAAGCUUCAUAUCAUCUCCCCCUAAUCGCUUAAGAGCCUUAUUCACGCUUUCCUUUGGUUUCAUAUAACCCAGCAUGUUUCUGUAUAUUUUAAUCUCAUCGAAAUCAUCCUCUUCGUCCUCCGAUUCGCUCUCCGCUAAACCCUUCUCGUACACGCUGUAUUUCUUAUCGGAAUCUGCGUUGUUCUUAAUCUUCUGCCAAUCGAUAUUGUCCAACCAACUGUCUUUGAUCUCCUUCUCAUUGUUCCAUAUGAAGUGGCCGUCUUUGUCGAAGUGCCCCUCCUCCAUUUCUUCGUUCAUGUUGAAGGCAGUCAUCUUCUGCUCGCCCUCCUGCCUGGCAACACCAUCUUCUUCACCUUCUAUAUCGUCAGCAUUCAAAACAUUAUCCUCGUCGACUUCGUCUUCUUCGUCCGAAUCGAGAGUGUGCUUCUUCACGACCUCACGCUGGCGAGGCUUAGCUUUAAUUUCGCUUUGCAUAAAUGCAUUAUCGUAAUUCCUCUUUGCCAUUUUUAUUUAUUUUUGUAGCCGUUUUAUUUACUAUAAUUAUAACAGUUUACUUGUAGAAUAGCUGUCAAAUUUUUUU